GUCGCUCCACUGAGCAAGUUGUGGUCGUUCACACGGAGAGUUUAAAUAGAGACGAGUGUAUCUGAUAAUAACUAUUUUUCAGUUUAGUGUCCUGGCUUGUUGUAGAAGAAGGAACAAGUGAGAAAUGGCGCCAAAGGCAACGAAGAAGCGAUCAGCACCGUCCGAUCCUGAUGGAAUGUUCGCCGGAAUGGUCGUCUUCCUCGUGGAAAUCGGAGUCCAGCCUCGUCGAUUGCAGAUUUGGAAGCAGAAAUUGGAGCAAAUGGGGGCUAGCAUUGAAGACCGGCUUUCGAAGAAGGUCACUCAUGUUUUUGCCAUGAAUUCCGAAGCCCUUCUUCAGCAAAUUGGUCGACAACGCUUGUCUCGCUUCAAAGGAAGUGUUCUUCUUUACCAGUGGCUAGAGGGUAGUUUGAGUUUGGGAGAAAAAGUAUCCGAAGCUCCCUACAUUCUAACUCUGGAGUCAGGAGAAGGAUCUUUGUCAAACAAAUCUUUCAAGGAAUGUGGUUCUAAAGCUUCUAAUGGUUAUGGUUCCAGUGAUGAUGAAACAUCACAUCAUAAAAAGAUUAGAACCUCUCCAGUGGACCCCAAAACUGCAUCAACUAAAGAUAUGGACGAUACAGUAAACAUUGCUGUGUAUGAGGAAAGGAAGACUGUCAGCAGUUCUGAUGAUUUAUCUCCCACUCAUAGCCCAGUAAACAGCAGUCCUACUACCCCUGAUGCUCUAACUAAGACUGUUGAAAUUUCAGACUCAUCCUUGCCUUAUAGUCCACCUGAUCAAAACCACAAUGUCACUGAGAUAUUUGGGAAGCUUGUGAACACAUAUAGAGCACUGGGUGAUGAUCGGAGAUCUUUUAGCUAUUACAAGGCCGUUGCAGUUAUUGAGAAGUUGCCCUUCAAAAUUGAAAAUAUGGAUCAGGUCAAACAUCUACCUGCAAUUGGCAAGUCGAUGCAGGAUCAUAUUCAGGAGAUUGUGAGUACCGGGAAGCUUUCCAAGUUGGAGCACUUUGAGACAGAUGAAAAGGUUCGUACAGUCAGCCUAUUUGGGGAAGUAUGGGGCAUUGGUCCAGCGACUGCAUUGAAACUUUAUGAUAAAGGACACCGAACUCUAGAUGAUCUGAAGAAUGAGGAUUCAUUAACAAAUGCACAGAGGUUAGGAUUGAAAUAUUUUGAUGAUAUCAAAACGAGGAUUCCACGUCACGAGGUUCAAGAGAUGGAACAACUUCUACAGAAAGCUGCUGAAGAAAUUUUGCCUGAGGUGGUGGUCAUAUGUGGAGGAUCAUAUAGACGUGGAAAAGCUUCUUGUGGGGAUAUGGACAUUGUAAUCACACAUCCUGAUGGAAAAAGUAAUAUAGGGUUUUUACGGAAAUAUGUAAAGCAUCUGAAGGAUAUAAAGUUCUUAAGGGAAGACUUGAUCUUUAGUAUUCACAGUGAGGAGGAUACUGACACAGGGGUUGACACAUAUUUUGGUCUUUGCACGUAUCCUGGUCGAGAACUGCGACAUCGCAUAGAUUUGAAGGUUUAUCCCAGGGACAUAUAUGCAUUUGGACUAAUAGCUUGGACAGGGAAUGAUGUAUUAAAUAGGAGACUGAGAUUACUUGCUGAAUCCAAGGGAUAUCGACUUGAUGAUACAGGACUGUUUCCGGCUAGUCAGAGUUCUAGCAGCAAACGGGGCACAAGAGCUAUCACAAGUUUGCGUUUCAAGACAGAAAGAGAAGUGUUUGAUUUCCUGGGAUUCCCGUGGUUUGAACCACAUGAGAGGAAUCUGUGACAUGUGAAUAGGUUUGUGACCAUGCUGUACAUAGGCAUACUUGUGGCAGUUGAGGUUUUGUGACCAUGCUGUAAUGGAACAUCAAAAAUGGUUUAGCACAGACUAUGCAUGGGUUUACUUGGCAUGAAAUGACUUUCCAAUUCCAGGACUCUGCACAAAUUCUGCCGCUUCACAACAUCUUGUAAAAUAUGUGAAAUAUUCUUUGAUUUUGUUAAUUAAGUGGUAAUGGAGUAGAGGUAUUUCAGUGAAGAUGUUGCUACUGGGUGAUUGCUUUUGUAGUUUUUUGCUGAAAACUUUGAAGGAUGGAGUAGUAGUUGUACAGGAAGUCCAUUAGUCACUUGAUUACUGUUUCCAACAUUCACAGUGCUUCUAACAUGAUAUACUUGUAAUUUGUAGUAAAACAUCAGUUCUCCUAGAAAACAAAAGUAGUGGCAAUAAGUGAGGAAGAGAGAUGUGAAAAUAAGAACAACUAGUAAUUUGUAUAAAAAUACCAUUUCUCCC